GUCCCCAGAAGAAAGCUUAUGGUAAAUGAUGAUUCUUCACAAGCAUUGGAAUUGAAGCUAUUGUUUUAUGUCGAUGUAUUUGAUGUUUCGUCUCUUGCGUUCCCUCACGUAUACUUUGAUCCGAUUUCCUCGUCUCUAUGAAAACUUCAGACUGGGACGAAUUUCAAAUGAUUCCAGGAUGCAUGACUGGAAGAUGUUCGGAAGUCAAAGAUGAUGGAAAACUCUUUUUGGGAGGAAUGGAUUUGCGGGAACAAGCGCAAGGGGAAAAAUUGAAAUCAAUUGACGACUUCAACAAGGCACAAUCUGCAGGAGGUGCGGAGGCGGCCCCCGUACUAGAACGGUUACGAAACGCCAUGUUUGAAAUUGGAAUCGACAAAGAAUUGUUUGAUCAGGUAGUGGACGGAAUGAAGAAAAAAUACACCCAAUCAGCAGCGAACGAAAGUGAACUAUUGGCUGCCGUCUCGCAAGAAUUAGGUGAGUUAAAGUGGCGACAAUAUUUCGUUCAACAAAGUCGACCCGAUCUCUUUCGAUGCCGUGUUCUCAAUCGAACAUGUGAGAUAUUGUUUGGUCUCGUGCAUCUGUCCAAAUUUUGUUUGCACGUAGCUUUUGACGUCUGUUUCUCUUCUCAUGUUUUCUAAUUGGACAAUGCCUCACUGUAUGUUCGAAUCGUUCUCUAUCAUUCCAUUUCGAUUCAUAUUGUCCUUACUUUGUUCCUUUUGUGCGUCGUCCUCGAAAACAGGAAAGGAGCUCAAGACCUCGAUGAAGGCCAUUGCUGUAGAUCAAUUACGAAUAAAAUGAUAAAACAAACUGCAACACAAAAAUAAAGCCGGAAUGGUGCAAUAAAGACGCAACUUACUA